AUGUCGAUUGAUUUCAGGAUCAGUGUCCUGCGGUCUAGGAUUUGCGCAAAAAUGGCCUAUGGGAGAGGAAGUUUCGAGCUUUUCUGUUUUGCACCAAAAUCUUAUUACAACAUCAGAAUCCCGAUAUAUUUCAGCAAUAUCAACCACACAUUAUUAAACUCUGUUGUUUUAAUGCAUGUUCGAAACCUGGUCUCAAGAGAUAAGAGAGAUCCCUCGAAGUGGAGCUCUCGUGGUCCAUUUGAUGCAGGGCGAACUUGUCAACCCUGUACACACCAGUUCAGUCAAUUCUUUCAUUGGCUCCGGGAAGCAAACAUUGGAUUACAUACGGUAGAUACACGCACCCCCGAAGUGUGGGAUAAAUUAAAGGACAUAAACCUGCCUAGUUUACUUUGA